AUGGCACCAGAUCGCGUCGCUAAUGCCCUCGACAAUCUGAUAGUCCAAAUUGUCCCCCCCAGAGGCCCAAACGAAGGCCAGGACUCGUGGCUGGCCCGGUAUAACCUGAGCCAUGAGCUCGUCAGAACCAUAAUAAACACUCCACCUGAUCCCGACAUCUUGUCUGACGUCGACCGGGCCGCCGAUUCAAUCAAACGGAAGCUCAUCCAGAGCAACCCUUCCCACGCGCUCAGAUUCUCAGAUCUCUACUCUCGACUUCUUGCGCUCCCAGUGCUCAAGUCGAAAUGGGCAAUCCUAUAUCUGCUAUACGCUCUCGCCGACUCGCCAGAUCCCAGGGCUCCCCCUCCCCCCCUCAGCAUCAUCCAGCCCUCGUCUUCGAAUUAUCGUGAAGCUGUCGCGCGAGAUGCAGUCAAGAAGCGUGCUAGGGCUCGAUCAAAGUCGAUUCCUAUGCCAAGGAUAGAGGACGAGGUCAUGAGAGAUUCUCCAGCUCCUGAAGAACUACCACACAAGAUACCAAAAGAACCGAAACGCAUCGCGGAAGAGAGGCAGCCUCAGCCCGAGCCGGUAAAGAGAGACUUAUCCGUCAGGGCGAGCAUGCUGUCCAACAACUACGCGGAAAUCGAGCCUUCAGAGACGGCCAUCCUACGAGACCUUCCGUUUACACUCCAGGGCGUAUCAUCCACAACGCUGCCGUUUGCAAAAGAUGACAUCCUAAAGCUUCCGGCUACACUUCCUCUGCCACUCAUAUCUAUUUUGCACACUCUGGCUGAGCCCUCAUUACUCUAUCGACGCCUCGAUAACUUCUGCCAAACUCCCGCCAACGGCCUUUUAGCUCAGAGUCUACGGUCUGCAAUCAGCAAUGAGCUGCGAUCAUACCUAACAUUAGUCGCAACACUUGAGGGCCAGAUUCGCAAGGCACUGUCCUCCUUGGACGAAGCUGCACCGAGGGGGGGCAUUGGGAAGACGGGUGUCACAUUAAAAAGAUGCGUGGUAUGGACGCGAGAGGCUACAAUGGGGCUAAGACUCAUGUCCCUCAUUGCUGAAGAGUCGGACAAGAAGAAGGGUGGUCAGCUCAUCACUCUGAUACACAGUUUUGCUUCUUCCAACGGAGAUCCCGUGGUUGCCGCGUUCGCAGAGCGGUUAUUGGGCAGUUUUACUCGACCUUGGUACGGCAUCCUUCGUCACUGGAUUUAUGACGGAGAGCUGUCAGAUCCAUCCCUCGAAUUCUUUGUCCGGGAGCAAACCGACACGCAGGAGUCUGUGCGAGUUAGGGGCAACGUGUGGGAGGAUCAAUACGAGAUAGCCCAGGACAUGAUCCCGACCAUUAUUUCGCAAGACUUUGCGCAAAAGAUAUUCCUGAUUGGCAAAUCGUUGAAUUUCAUCCGGCACAGCUGCGGAGACUCGCUGUGGGUUGAGGAUUAUUCCAAGGCCGCUUCGAAGGAGCUGAGAUACGGUGAUACGGCAACGGUGGAGGUAUGGAUCGAUGAGGCGUACAAGACAACAAUGAAGCGAUUGAUGGAUCUGAUGGAGACUAAAUUCCGUCUCUUCGCUCACCUCCAGGCUCUGAAGGAUUACAUCUUGCUGGGAAAAGGCGACUUUAUUGCCUUGCUGAUGGAAUCCCUCGCCGCAAACUUGGAUCGCCCUUCUGGCGCACAAUACCGACACACUCUUACGGCCCAGCUAGAACAUGCAAUCCGUGGCUCAAAUGCCCAGUACGACUCUCCCGAGGUGCUGCGGCGGUUAGAUGCCCGAAUGCUUCAGCUGUCGCACGGAGACAUUGGCUGGGAUUGCUUCACUUUGGAAUACAAGAUCGAUGCCCCCAUGGACGUGGUUGUUACUGAAUGGGGCAACCGGCAAUAUCUCAAGGUGUUCAAUUUCCUAUGGCGAAUCAAGCGAGUGGAGUUCGUGCUCCUCUCAACGUGGCGGGAGUGCAUGACGGGAUCUAGAAGAGUGCUGCAAAGCCCUAACCAGGCGGUGGUGCAGACAUGGAAGUCAACGCGAGGCACGCUCGCCGAGAUGAUACACUUUGUGGGGCAGCUGCAGUACUACAUCCUGUUCGAAGUCAUUGAAUCUUCGUGGGGCGAGCUCCAGAAGCGCAUCCGCAAGGAAGACUGCACGCUGGACGAUGUAAUCGAGGCGCAUAGGAGAUAUCUCGAGGACAUCACGCACAAGGGUCUGCUGGGGCCGAAGCUUCGCCAUCAUCCUUCCGAUAACAGGGAACAGACGACGUACCUCGACCAGCUCAGCGAGAUCCUGCGGUCCAUGCUCAGCUAUCGCGACACCAUCGUCGGGCUCUACGGGUGGACCAGCUCCGAGUACACUCGGCGGCAGGAGGUCGAGCUGCGCAACAUGACGCGCCGCGACGACGACGGCGGCUUCUCGACCUUGGACAACGUGCCCUCGGAGUUCCCUGCCCUGCAGGAACGCCUGCGGCACCUCGGCGACAAGUUCCGCAACAGGCUGCAGGUCCUGCUGGGCGAUUUGGCGUACCAGCCCGACGUGGACAUGAGGUUCCUGGGCGUGGCCAUGAACUUCAACGACGUGUACGCGCCUUCUAGGAGGAGGGGCAAGACGGCCUCGACUGUCUCGGCGACAACGUCGGUAAUGGCCCCGUCUACUUCUGCGUCGACAUUGAAUGCGUCCAAGGUCUGA